AAGCGAAGCCGGCCCUUGGGUCCGCGUUUGGCUGGAUGAAACCAGCCUGGCGGAUCAUUGGGGGCAGCAACGACAUUUGCCCGCGAAGAUCUUGUCUGCUUGCGGGCCAGGAACACAUCUGCGUUCAGGAAUACAUCUGCGGCCAGGAAUAUAUCUGCGGCCAAGGACAUCUGUCUGUAGAGCCAUUCAUCCACGGUGCGAUCGGCUGCGAAACGGCCGACAAGACCGCUCUGAUCCAAGAGCAUUCCUGCGAGCUUUGGCCUGCGAUCGUGUGGGCACCCUUGCCGCCGUCAUUCUCUGGUGCAUCCACAGCACAACUCUGCCCAUGAGCCGCCAUAACAACCACAAUGGUCGUCACUACCCGGACAAGCGAGGCAGCCAUCCGGCCAAACGACCCCGAGUCCAGACACGACCCUCCGAGGACACCAGCAGCCAGCCUCUCCAGACGCACGGAGCUGGAUCGGCGGCCUCCGCAUCGUCAUCCAGCUCAUCCGCAAUCCCGGGAAUGCCUCAGAUCCCCGGCUACUACUAUGACCCCGAAAAGAAACGGUUCUUCAAGUCCCUUCCAACGGCCUUGGCUGUGGCUCCACAGGCGUGCGCUUCGCUGGCAAAGUCCGAGGCUUCCCGAAAUGCCGAUGCUGAGCAAGCACAGCGGAUAGAGCGGAUCCGACAGAAGAAUCGUGAGCAUGGACUUUUGUCUCGGCUGAGUCCAGGCUAUUCGUACGCUGGCUUGGUUCAUCUCAUGUCAGAUCGGGAAUCGGGCAUUCAAACAGGACCGUUUGCCGGACAUAUCCAAGAAGUAUCCAUGAAGAGACUGAGGCAUCGAGCAAUCCUGCCGAGGGUGGCAGCUCUGCCGCCGCAUCGGAGCUCGUCCAUCACCGACAUUGCCCUGCAUCCAUACCGAACCCAUCUGUGUGUUGGAUAUGCAAACGGCGACUUAUCGAUUUCGUCGCUGAAGAUUCGCGAAGACGGAAACAUCGACGAGAACUGUCUCAACAAAGCAUAUCGUCAGGGUUCAUCGCGGAUAACGUCGCUGCGCUACCUUCCGUUCCAAGACCAGAGUAUCGUCAUUGCCACUGACCUUGGUGGAUCGCAGUCUCCUGGAACGGCAGUUGUGUACAGCUGCUCCUUGUCAUGCGAGGAAGCUGCUGGCAUAGUGGCCCCCGGACCGAGGCUCCUCCAUCGGUUUACUCCAUCCAAGGGCAGCCUGUUUGCUUGCGCCACCAACUCGGUCAACCGGGAGAUAUUUGCAGUCGGCGGCUCUGGGCGUGCGUAUGUGAUCCGUGGUUGGACUGUUUCGAGCCCGCAUCCCGUCUCGCUGUUUGUCAAGAAGAGCGAUGUGCUCGCACAAUCGUUCGACGAGACCGGUAAUUUGCUAUGCAGCGGAUGUCGCAGCGGAAACAUAUUCUGGCACGACCUGCGGGGACGCAUCGAUCAGUCUGCGAAUGCCAUGUCGGACAUGGGCCACGACAGCGCGAUCUGCCACCUCGAGGUAGUCGGACCGACCGGGCUGUACUCAAGCGCCAUGAACGGAAGUAUCAAGCAGUGGGAUGUGAGGUGGACACGCUCCCCUGUGCUCGAGUUCCAAGGCAACGUCAACUCGCACACCAAGCAAAAUUUUGAGCUCGAUGACAGCGGAUCGACACUGGUCUCAGUCGGACAGGACAAGCACUUGCGAAUAUGGAGCACUCGCACGGGGCAGCUCCUGGCGCAGAAGUCUACCGGCGUAGAUUCCAGCAGCCCCGACGGGGCGGUUGUGCGCAUGCUACCGCCGCGAGCAGACAGGAGCAUCGCCAACAUCUGGCAGGGCUCAUGGGAUGCGGGCUGGGACUCGAGCGGGUGGGAACGCACACGGCGAGCCGGGCCUGUCGCACUGCUUGCGUGUGGGAACGAUGUGAACGUGUGGGGCUGCUGAGCGAACCAGCGUACCACAAGCGUACAGCGUGCCCACUUUGAAACGGAGCAUCCUGAUUUGAGUCGGGCUGUCGCUGACUUCCGGGCCUGAAUACACGCUCAUCCAUCGCGA